CGGACGCGGGAAGGGCGUGUCGAGUUGAGAUGGGAGGAGGGUCACGUCAAGAGCCAGCCAGAAUGGUGGGGAGUGAUAUGCAGUUCUGCCUGCGGUGGAACAACUUUGGCACAACAAUGACAGCAGCACUCCACUCCCUUCAUGAAGGGGGGGAUUUUGUUGAUGUGACAUUGGCAGCUGAUGGUGUGCAGCUGAAAGCCCAUAAACUUGUCCUCUCAGCAUGUAGCCCAUAUUUUCGAGAUAUUUUAAAGAAUAAUCCAUGUCAGCACCCAGUGAUCAUCUUAAGGGAUGUACCCAUAGAAGAUCUUGAAGCAGUAUUAGCCUUCAUGUAUGAAGGUCAAGUUAAUGUGUCUCAGACACGACUCCACACAUUUAUGAAACUUGCAGAGGCACUCCAGGUGCGCGGCUUGACAGACACACAGACAGCAAGAGCGCGCGUUGAAAAGGUUUUUAUCUCUUAAUUUAUUUUUCUGAAGCAAGUAGGCCUAAUUCAUAACAGAAAAAAGUGAAUAUAGAGUUUAGAUUCGCCUAGAUUACCAAUUCUAACUCAUAGGAUGAUUACUAGAUGAUUGAUUUAAUUUUAUCCUUACUAUAUAUUUUUUUCACCCUCUUUUUUGCAUUUGUUUUUAUUUCCUAUAAUAGUAAGGCCAUAGUUGAGAAACUUAUUUUUGUGUGUGUGUGUGUGAAGUUACUCUUUGUUAUCAUAAGAAGAAUGUAAUACUUUGAAAUUGAUAUAAAGUGUUGUCACUACACAACAAAUUUGAGUCUCAGAAAAAAAAACUCUUCUGGGGCAGCCUACUGCAACAUUCUGUCUCUCACAUUUAUGUAUUCAGUCUCUCUGUGUCUCUCCCACACAUUCAUUCAUUUAUUUACUCACUAUCUCAUUUAUUCAUUCAUCAGUUUUCUCAUUUUCUCCCUUUUUUCAUUCUCAAAUUGACGGUCUUCCUCUGUAAACUUGUCCUGCUGCACCUCAGCCUCAUAUGCCAUAUCACUGUUAUAUCAGUAAAACAGAUAUCACUCAAGAAAUUCAGCUGAUACGAGAAAAUAUUGAGCCAGUUGUACUUCAGGCACAAUGUAACAUGUAUCUAGACUAAUACAUUUCUUUUUCUU